CACAAGCACAAUCCAACAAUGGCUUCCACUAGCAGCCGAAAACCCUCUUCCUUUUCUACUUCUAUUCCUCCUUCGAGUUAUGAUGCGUUCUUGAGUUUCAGAGGGGAAGACACCCGUAAAAAUUUUACGGGUCAUCUCUACCGUGCUUUAGUUACAAAUGGAAUUAACACCUUCAAAGAUGAUGAAGAGCUUGAGACAGGAGGAGUCAUUGCAGAAGCACUCAUUCAGGCCAUCGAGGAAUCAAAGGUUUUCUAUGUCAUUUUCUCGAAAAACUAUGCUUACUCUAAGUGGUGUUUAAACGAGCUUGUCAAAAUUAUCGAGUGUAUGAAAGCAAAGCAAAGAAGAGUUGUUCCAAUUUUCUAUGAUGUGGAUCCAUCAGAAGUGCGAAGACAAAGUGGGGGGUAUGGAAAAGCAUUUGCUUAUCACCAAAAAGAUGCCAACCAAGAAAAGAAAAAGGAGAUUCAAAAGUGGAGGAUGGCCUUGACAGAAGCAGGCAAUCUAGCGGGAUAUGAUCUGCGAAAUUAUCGGUAUGAGUCAAAAGUUAUUGAGAACAUUAUUGAUGAUAUCCUUAAAACGAGUCAUCAACUUUUACAUGUUGAAGAUAACAUCAUUGGAAUGAACCUCCGUUUAGAAAAACUCAAAUCUUUGAUAGAAGUUGAAUCAAAUGAUGUUCGCAUGGUUGGGAUCUAUGGUUUUGGUGGAAUCGGUAAAACUACCAUGAGCAAAGCUAUUUAUAAUGAAAUCUCAACUAAAUUUGAGGGAAUUAGCUUUCUUGAAAAUGUGAGAGAAAAUUUCAAAGUUGAUUGUGGUCUAGUUCGAUUACAACAACAACUUAUUAAUAGUAUCCUAAAGAGAAAAAAUCCAACAAUAAGUACUAGUCAUGAAGGAAUCCAAGUGAUAAAGGAAAGGCUCCAAACAAAAAAGGUCCUUGUUGUUUUGGAUGAUGUGGAUGAGUCGAAACAGUUGGAAUAUUUAGCAGGAAAGCAUGAUUGGUUUGGUCCAGGAAGCAGAAUCAUCAUAACAUCCAGAGAUCGACAUUUGCUAAAUGUGCAUGGAGUUGAUGCAUUACAUGAGGUUAAGGAGUUAAAUCAAAAGGAAGCUACUCAACUAUUUAGCCAACAUGCCUUUAAAAAAGAUCUUCCUGAAGAACAUUAUGUAGAAUUGUCUAAGCGCGUGGUAGAUUACACUGGAGGUGUCCCGUUAGCUCUUAAAGUUUUGGGUUCUUUUCUUUUUAGGAAAGAAAUACGAGAAUGGGAAAGUGAAUUAUGUAAACUAAAAAGAAAACCCAACAAGGAUGUCCAAAAUGUUCUUAGGACAAGCUUUGACGGGUUAGAUGAUUUUGAGAAGGAACUAUUCCUCGAUAUUGCAUGUUUCUUCAAAGGGCAGAAUGAGAAUUUUGUUACUAGAAUACUAGAUAGUUGUGGUUUCAAUGCAACUAUUGGAAUAAAAGUUCUUAGUGACAAGUGUCUAAUAACAUUUUUCCAUGGCACCAUUGGGAUGCAUGAUCUAUUACAAGAAAUGGGUCGGGAAAUUGUUCGUGAAGAGUAUCCUAGAGAUCUGGGAAAAUGGACCAGAUUAUGGGAACCUGACGAUGUGUAUCGUGUAUUACGAAGAGAAAUGGGGACCAAAGCAAUUGAAGGGAUAUUCCUAGACAUGGCUACAUCGAAAGAGAUUCAGUUUACUAAUGAAGCUUUCAAGCAGAUGAAUAAUCUUAGAUUAUUCAAAGUUUAUCGGAGUAGUCAUCACUAUGGCGUUACUAAAAGGGAUUACAAAGUGCUUCUUCCCAAAAAUUUUGAAUUUCCCUCUUACGAGUUGAGAUAUCUCUAUUGGGAUAGAUAUCCUUUGAAAUUCUUGCCAUCACAUUUUGAUGGGGAGAACUUGGUAGAACUCAACUUGCAAUCUAGUAACAUAAAAAAAUUUGGAAAGGGAAUAAGUGUUUGCAAGCUUUGAAGGUGGUUGACCUAAGUCACUCAAAGAAGCUCAUCGAAGUGUCAAAUUUCUCAUGCAUGAAAAAUUUGGAGACACUACUUCUUGAAGGUUGUACAAGUUUGCGCUGUGUUGACCAAUCUAUUGGAGUUCUAAAGAAACUUACUUUACUGAGUUUGAAAGGUUGCAAAAGGCUCAGAAGUUUGCCAAGCACUGUUGAGUGUUUGGAAUCUCUUGAAACUCUUUAUCUCUCAAGUUGCUCCAAUCUUGAAAUAUUUCCAGAGAUCAAAAGGAAUAUGAAACGUUUAUUGUGGCUUGAGUUAGGUGGGACAGCGAUAAAAGAAUUACCCUCCUCAGUGGAUCAUCUCACUGCACUUCAAUACUUGGAUCUGCC